AUGGCUACUGAGAUGUUGAGGGGUCAGGCCACAGGAUACGAGGUAAAAAUUGGCUCUGACAAUAGCAACAGUCCUGCUCAACCAGAUUGCAGGAAAAGUUUUUGUGAUUGGUGUUGUUACUGGUGUUGUUGUGGCUGUUGUUGUGAUAAAGAAAGUUCUUCAAAAAUUGAGGGUCAAGCUGGGAAUGGAAAACAUACAGAAAUGAAUGGUGGACAACCUGCAGAUGGCAGCGCUACUACUCCAAACAAUAAGAGCAGCUCUGGACAGGCAUCUGGUCAACAAUCUGCAAUUGACAACGCCACUACUGCAACAAAUAAGAGCAACCCUGGACAGGACUCAGAUCAACGAUCUGCAAAUGACAUUGCAACAACUGAAAAGAGUAAGAGCAGCUCUGGACAGGCGUCGGGUCAACAAUCUGCAAAGGAUAACACGUCUGCAGAAAAACAGAGCAAUUUUGGACAGGCCUCGGGUCAACAAUCUGCAGAUGACAGUGCGGCUAAUGCAAAAAAUAAGAGAAGCAGCUCUGGACAGGCAUCAGUUCAACUGAACCAGACGCAAGAAAACAACAGUGAAAGCCCUGGAGUUGGAGAGAAGAGCAAGAAGGAUAAACUGCUGGGAACUUCAGGCAGCUCUGAUCAGGAUUUGGGAAAGAAAACUGGUGGCACAGAACAGCCGGUUCACAAUUCUUUACCAAAGGGAGAUGUUAGACAGGAAGACAUAAAGAAAAAUGGCAAGGAUCUCAAUUCCCAGAAGGGAAACAAUAGUAACUCUGAACAUUCAUUGGACGAGCAGCCAAAAGGCCCACCACGGAAGAUUGAGAAACAAAAGGAUUUUGGUAAGCAACCGGGCUUUAAGAACAAAGAUAAUACAAAUAUAGACACCAGCCUUCCGAAAAUAGUGAGCAGUGCCAGAAAUCCAUCAUCAGAGCAGCAAAAGGAUGUUCUCAAGCAAGCAAAGAACAUCGAAAACCAAAUAAACACAGGAACAAGCUCUCCAAUAAUUGCAAAUUCUAGCAGCCUUGGACAAGGUGGGCAAAUCCUGUCACAGGAACAACAAAAGAGUGUCACCAAGCCAGCGGGCAUCAAGAAAGAUGUAAAAAACACAGUGCCAAGUCACGUAGAAGCAGAAAACAGCAUUGGAGAGGCAUCAAAACAGCAGCAAAAGAUAGUUGGAAAGCAGGAUAGCAGCUAUGGAAGCCAUAGUAGCUCUGGACAGCAAUCGAUUAUCUCACAGUCAAAUCAACGAAAAGGAAUUCGCGAGCAGGAAGAUGUCAACCCGAAGGAUAAGUUUGGUUCCUAA